AGUAGUAAGGAGUCACGAUGACUCACGAGUCCCAUGGUCUGCUAGCUUGCAAUGUUUCCGGCUUUGAGUCUGCGGAUCGUCUCUCUGCUCGCUCAGUCGCUUGUGUUGACUUGUGGAGGCCUACGAAAUUGUAAGAUAUAGCUUUUGGCAGCUAAGAUGGCUAGGACUAGCUGUAGCUAAUGUUGCAAGAGGUUUGUGAAUGAUACUAGAGACUCGCGUCUCAUGAGUUAAUUUAAAGACACGGUGGAAAGAUGAGAGUGAGUCACGACUCAAACAGGUUUACUCAGUGGACACCGAGCAACAAUUCCGAUACGGAAUCCAAGAUGGCUGCGCCCUGUGUGACUUUGGAGGUGGCUCUGGAGGACUCCGACAUCUAUACCACGGUGAAUGAUGCUGAUAAUAGUUCUGCCAGUAAUGGCAUCCUGGAAGCUGCACAAGGUAGUCUAGCAGAACAAACAACACACAAAGAGGCGAGUGAUGACCACUCUGUGAAAUGUAGACAGAAAAAACGCAGCUUGGUUUGGAGGCACUACGAGUACCUGGACAGUUUGGCUGCUGCUCGUUGCCGCAUUUGCAUGAACAACUUAGAGUGCUCUGAAGGCAGGAGCACCAGCAACCUGCAUCGCCACUUGUCAAAGAGACACCCAGAGGUCUUUUCUCAGCUGGUAGCAGUCAAGCAGCACCCACCACCACCCCACUCAUCACAGGGCUCAAAUGUUAAAGUGGAGGUGGCUCUGGAGGACUCUGACACCUAUACCACGGUGAAUGAUGCUGAUAAUAGUUCUGCCAGUAAUGGCAUCCUGGAAGCUGCACAAGGAAGUCUAGCAGAACAAACAACACACAAAGAGGCGAGUGAUGACCGCUCUGUGAAAUGUAGACAGAAAAAACGCAGCUUGGUUUGGAGGCACUACGAGUACCUGGACAGUUUGGCUGCUGCUCGUUGCCGCAUUUGCAUGAACAACUUAGAGUGCUCUGAAGGCAGGAGAACCAGCAACCUGCAUCGCCACUUGUCAAAGAGACACCCAGAGGUCUUUUCUCAGCUGGUAGCAGUCAAGCAGCACCCACCACCACCCCACUCAUCACAGGGCUCAAAUGCUAAAGGUGACACAUCGACCCCACCAGAAACUGUUGGGGUGCCAGAGAAGCAGAGACAGUUUUCAGGCAAAAUGAAAGUUUCAAGAGCUUCUGAAGGAGAAAAGCGUGUGUUAAGGAGAGAGCGGGAGCUGAUAGAAGCUCUGAGGAGAGUGCAGAAGGAGGAAGCUCGGGCUCUGGAGCAUCAGAGGGAGCUGCUCGAGAAUCUGCGUGCAGUGAAUGCCAGGGAGGCAGCUGCAGAGAGGCAGCAGAUUAAGUCACUGAGGAAAGCACAGCUAGAGGAAGCCAAAGACUUGAGUAGACAGAGAGAAGAGGUACAGAAGGAAAAGACAGAGCUGCAGAAGAAAUGGGAAGAGCUUCAGCAGGAAAGAGAACGUGUCUUGUUGUUGUCCAGAGAACAUCAAGCCUCCUGAUCAUAUCCUGACAUCACUGAUUUCAAAUUUUCUAUGAAUGCUUUGGGACAAAUUCAAAGACAUGAUGAUGUCUCCCCUUUUAGUAAAAUAUAUAUUGCAAACAA